AUCUCUGGUCUUAAUCCAGAAUACAUUAUGCUCAAUUUCACCUUACCAGGUUAUGAAAGAAUGUCAUCAAUCCCUUUCAAAGCUUUAGAUGACUAUAUGAAUUAUAUGAUAACCUGGGGUAUUAUUUAUGGUGUUGGUGUUGGUACUGCUCUUCUCACGUUAGCUUUACUUUGGAUCAUUAUCAAAAAUAAAAAAACACCUAUGUUCUGGCUAAAUCAAUGCUCGUUAUUGCUUUUGGUGAUCAGAUGUCUGCUUCAGUUUGCUUAUUUGUUAGGCCCAUUAUCGAGAAUGGGAUUCUCUUUCACUGGUAUUUUAAUACCAAAUACCUAUUACUCUUAUAAGACAACAGUCGCUACUAAUGUCAUUCAUACUUUACUAAUUGGCCUGAUUGAGGCCUCUUUUUGCUAUCAGGUUUUCAUUAUAUUUAGGUCACCAGAAGUAAGGAAACUUGGUUACGCUUUAACUGGUGUGUGUGCUGCGAUUGGGAUAACAGUCUUCGGUCUUUAUAUUAAUUCCACCAUCAGUGUUGCCAAAACUUACUCAGACUUAUUCAAUCAUUCAAGAACAGUGAGACGAGUAGGAAGUUGGGUGAAUAAUGGGCCAUUUAUCCUUUUUUCGGUUUCAGUCAGUGUUACCAGUAUUUUCUUGAUAAUAAAACUACUUUUUGCUAUAAAGACUAGAAGGUAUUUAGGGUUGAAACAAUUCAGUAUCUUACAUAUUCUUCUUAUAGUCAGUACUCAAACUUUAUUUGUACCCAGCAUUCUUGUUAUAAUUAACUAUAAAAAUUUGAACCUUAAUUCCACUACGUUGUCUGCUUUAAGUAUCAUUUUGGUUGUUAUAUUUUUGCCCCUUUCUUCAAUGUGGGCUAGUUCUGCUAAUAAUUCACCGAUUCCUUCAUCAUCCACUUCAAGCAUUUUAUAUAAAUCCUCUUCUAAUAGCUCUUCAACU